AUGUGUACUUGGCUCAAUGUGCCAAAGAGUGACGAUUUUGAUUGGCUUCGCCGCAGUGGCUCCACACCAAGUUCCAACACUGGCCCUUCCACUGACCACACAACAAGCUCAUCUGUAGGUUAGUACUAUAGUGGGAAUUUAAAAUUAUUUGCUCUAUAUUUAGUAACCAGACCUAUUUGUUUAAUCUGGGGAUUAGACAACAGCCAAUCACAUAGCGCAAACGUGUUUCGCGUGGAUGACCCACGCUCAGAGCCACGCGUCCUUCACGAAUUGACGCAGAACAAAAUGGCGGAAGACGCGGAGAGCGAUAUUGCUAUUCGUUUUGUCGACGAAAACGACUACAGAGGGAUUUCUGCUAAAGCUGUGUCAGCGAAACGGAUAUUAAAACAGAAUCGCCCUUCCUCUGUUGUAUAGAGCUAAAAGUACAGCAGGGAAAUCCUUAACACACUGAAUAUUCUCUCAAGAUCAUUUAUAAUUUACAGUUUGAAGAGAGAAAUUUCUGGUUUGAUAUUUAUCCCUUUAUUAGUCUUUUAUUAUUCAACAAAAAAACCACUUGGCGUCCUACUUGCUUUAUUGUACAAACGACCGGUUUCAAUAGACCAGCGAAAUUUCUCAUUUUAUUAAAGCACUGAGGUUACGACAACUUCGAGUCGAGUCUAGCGAUUCCCUUUUCCCAGGUGAGCGCCGACUCAUUUCGCGUCAAUAUUCAGGAAUGCUCUCGAUCUCUUACGCUUUCAUUGCCUUUCGCCUGACAUGUUUUGCACGGCGUUUAGUCAUGCGAAACGUCCACGAAACAUCCACGCAGCGCGCGAGGUAACUUUAUCCCGAUUCUAAAAAUACCUCGAGACGAAUUACCUAUAGAAUAGGGUGUGUAUGGGGGAUGCCUUCUCUGUCCCCUUUAUCCUCUCUUGUUUUAGAACCAUUGUUAUAUGUUCUCAGCUUCGAGUUCUAGUCACCAGUUGAGCUGCGCAGUUUUGUACAUACUGUAGCCUAUCAAUAAUUGGGUUUAGCCAUAUAGAAGAGCAUUACAGAAAUCCAACUUAAAUGAAAUAAAUGCACGAACAAGUGUCUCAGCAUUAUCCUGAGAGAGACAGUUUCUUAUCUUUGCUAUAUUUCGCAAAUGAUAGAAGGCCGUCCUGCAGGUGUUUAUAACAUGUUUCUCUAAGUUCACAUGGGAAUCAAAAAUUACACCUAUAUUUCGAGCAUUAUUAGAGACUUCAAUGUAUUCACCAGCCACAUAAAUACCCUUUAUAGGUGGUUUGACUUUGUGCUUUGGUCCAAUUACUAGGAGCUCAGUUUUAUCCCUGUUCAGCCUUAACAUGUUUGCAAGCAUCCAUGCAUCAAUAUCAUUUAAACAAGACUCAAUUGCUUGCACUGAAGCCGCUUGGUCAUGAAGAUUGAAUGAGUAGUAAAGCUGGGUGUCAUCAGCGUAGAAAUGACGUGAAAACAUGAAGGGAAAAUAAAAGGAAGAGGGCUGGGCAGGAACAUUACAAAACCUGAUACCUUCUUACAGUAGGUCCAAUUAAAGGUAAAAGAGGGAUCUGCCUCGGUUUUAGAACCUAAUGUGAACUUUUUUCCUUCGUGUUGCACACGUGGUUUUUUUAUUACGCUAAGUUUUUUGUUUUCUUACCUUACUUCUUUAAGUUAUCCGCAAGUUUUACGAUUCGAACACUGAGAAUAAGCAUGAAAAGGGUAUGAAAUAUUAAUAUAAGCCAUAAUUAACAAGAAAAUAACUACAAACAACAAUGGGUUAAAAAAUUUUUGGACUAACACGAUUUCAUUUUAUAUAGUCAAAAGUAAUGACUAGCUACAGGUCUCAUAGUUACGGAAAUUAAACAAUGCCGAUUAAAUGAAGCUAAGGUCGCUGAAAUAGUUGUUUCUUCUGGUUAGUUUUGGUUUCGAUCACUUCUUUCUCAUUUUGCAGGACAGUAUGUUUUCAUUGAGACAUCAUCCCCACGUCAGGCGGGUGACAAAGCAUAUCUCCUCAGCCAGCCAUUUGACCCAACCACUAGCAGUGGUAUAUGUUUGAAGUUCUGGCAUCAUAUGAAAGGAGCAUCCAUUGGAACUCUAAAUGUUUAUAUUUAUACUGGUAACUUUUCUUCCAUGUAUCUGCUUUGGCAAAGAAAGGGAAACAAAGGAAACAGUUGGAUGCUUGGACAAACUCCCAUCAGAAGCAGUGUUAAGUAUCAGGUAAAGAGAAAGUUUCAUCAUUCAGUUCAUAAGUCGACGUAAAUAGAAGCGUUGGCAUGAUGCUCAAAUUUGAAAACGCACCAUGUGUUCUGAAGGGAGCAAUGGCAGAAAUACAGCGCUCUGAAUCCGUGUGUAAUGAUUAUGUUAAUGAGUGUUGUGUGGAUGCUCUGGAACUACUUUUGCUCAAUCUUAUAGAGUUUUUUCCUUUUAGAAAUAGAAGGGAUGCCCAUGCCUUUGGCACAAUGAUUCUUAAGUUUUGUCAAUCUGUUAUAGAUGUAGAUUGAUGAGACUGUGUUCGUAAUUAAAGAUUUUGAUAUCGCCCUUUUCAUCAUCACUUUGUUCUCUAAAGAUAUCCCGGAUAGCUCUAUUAUUAUCAACGAAUCCCAGAUAUUUUUUAAGAUCCACGUACGUAGGCAAUAUGGAGGCAUCCGCAUGAAUACGUCAGAGAGUCCGUAGACUCUGAGAUCUUAUCCGACCUUUAAAAAUGCUGACCUGUUUCAAAAGGACUCCUGCUGAGCUUUCGCUGCUGUUGACGAUGACAAGUUACAAUUUAAAAGAAAUACAAUUGAUUGGUGUUACGAUUCAGAACACUAUUUAGUAUGAAACAGUUAAAAGAAAACUAGUAACAUCCAAGGCUGUCAAACGCUUUUAUUUAUUAUGUCAACACAAGCGGGUCAGGACCAACUCAUUUAGGCAUGUUUUAUUGCUCAGUUAUUAGAUCAACAACCUAAGGCGAAGACAUACCUGACACAUACUUUAACAAACCUGUAUUUGCUUUUAAACAGGUUCUGUUCGAAGGACUUUGUGGAAAUAGCUUCACUGGCGACAUUGCUUUGGAUGACAUAACAUUU